AUGCCAACAAAAAAUAAAAGAAUUUCGCCCCCAAGCAAAGGAAAAGGGGUGAAAAAUAACAACGCCAAAAAAGAUGUGUUAAACAGUGAAUCAAAACCAACGGGUACACCGCCAAUAACAUCCAACCCGCAUGGCCAACACGAUGACUCCAAUUUAACUACGACAGUAAAUCCACCAGAAAACGAGAAUAACGCUAUGGAAGAAAACGAGAAUAACGCUAUGGAAGAAAACGAGAAUAACGCUAUGGAAGGAAACAAGAAUAACGCUAUGGAAGAAAACGAGAAUAACGCUAUGGAAGGAAACGAGAAUAACGCUAUAGGAAAUCAGACAAGAAAUAGGAAGCCUAAACAAACUCCACCUUCACCAGACAGUAAUCCAAGGAAAGAUACACCUUCCAACAGAAUUACCAACCGUAGCGUGCCGAUCAUACUCGUAUGCUUCUGUAUACUUGCUCUAAUUUUUCUACACUGCAUCAGAUCUAAUGUCGAUCGGAAAGCAUCUACCUUAAAUGAGAUGGAAGCCAUUAGCCAAUCUCGCAAACUAAUACAAGAUUUAAAAAAUCAUUUUUCAUCCCAAACUGAAAAUACUUGGAAAAAACUAGCUUUUCUAGCAUUCGGGAUAUAUAAUACUGGGCUGCAACGGGAAAAGCCGUUAGUUUUCACUUUAGCUCAUCGAUCAAACGCAUUCAAAUCUAGUCGUUGUUUAAUUAUGAAGCUUUUAGAUGCUAUACCAAAACCGUUCAUGGAACUUAAUGUCCAUGGCGAAUAUAGUCGUAACCAUGCUUUGGAUGAAAACUUGGAACAUUCCUUCUUGAAGCAAUUAAACAAAGCCUUAACGACCAACACCAUUCCUAUUACUAACAAAUUACAUGCGUUAAAUCCUAAAUUAGCCCGUCAAUUUCAAAGUUACUGUGACAAUGACGAUGCACCUUUUAAGCAAGCAGUUAUCUUGUUUCAUGUAGCUCUUAAUGGCACUUAUGACGACAACCUAUUAUCGAGCAAUGAGAUUUAUGUAGAGAAAGAAGUUACUAAGGUAUUAAAAAACUCGUGGAGUCCAAUGGAAGAAUUUAUAUUUGAUCCACUUUCUGCCAGAAUUCUUCAAAAUAUCGUUGUUAUCAAUUCAGAAGAAGACUUCCAAGGAUGCUGA